AUGAGUUCUAGACACUUUAGAAAGAUUAGGAUUCCAAUAACAGUAAGCUAUAUAUUACUUUUAUUGUGGGUAAUAUUUACAGAAAAUGCUUAUGUUAAAGGUGAUGAAGAGUUUUUAUUGGGUAGGUCAGUAUUGGAUUUAGAUAAGAAGAAUACAUGUGAAUAUUAUGGAGAACAGGAUGAUAUAUUUUCUGAUUCAUUCCACUCAAGAAUAUGUAUAGUUCCAGAAGAUGGUUUACAUGGAAAUAGAGAUCAUAACCAUAAUCCACGAAAAGCAUUUGUUACGAGUAUUCCAAGUAAUAAAGGAGUAUUUAGUAAUAAAUUAAAGAGAAAGGAAGAUCAUUUGAGUUCUGUAAUUACUGAAAUGAGUGGUGAAUCUAUGAGAGAUAAAAGAAAAAAUGUGGAUCUGGAAACUAUGUUUGGGAUAGGAAAAAAUAAUUACAGAUUAACUAAUAAUGAAACCAUUCAAAGCUCUAAUUUAACUAGUUAUGCAAGAACCCAAUUAGUGAAUUCAACAAAUAACUAUGCUUUAUUUAAACAGGGACUUAUGGAAUAUCAAAAUAAAAAAAUAUUAAAAUACUACUUAUAUGAUGUAUCUAAUAAAAAAUAUUCAGAUAGAAUAGUCUAUCCAGAAGACGUUUUAUCUCCAAAUUCUGCACUUAAUUAUUUGGGAAAUUAUCUUCAGGUUUAUGAAAUUACUAAAGUUUCCAACCCAACAGUAGUUUCAUGGCCAAAUAAUCAUAUAGUUUUCGUGAAUUCUCAGGUAAAUGCUGAUGGCUCAUUCAAAUUUGUAGUAUAUACUAGUUCAGGACAAAUAGGAUUUUUUUUUGAAAUAGCUAGUGGGAGUUAUAAAACAGGAUGUGGAAGUUAUUCUAGAAUUGACAAAACUAAUUUUGCUCAUUCAGCAAAUGCUUUAAUUCAAGUUCAAUUAAUAAGAAGAAAAUUUGGAUUUAAUGUAUUUAUUGAUGGUGCUAGGAGAACAGAACUAGAUAUUAUUGAUUGCAUUGCAAGUCCUCCAACUAAAGUUGAGGUAACUAGUGGAAAUGGAUCAAAAAUAUUUCCAAAAGUAGAAGAUUGUAAAGUAUCCCAAUGGACAGAUUGGUCAAAUUGUUCAAAGACAUGUUCAACAGGUUCAAAAACUAGAUAUCGUUCAGUAAUUAUGCCAAGUAUGAAUGGUGGAUUAUUAUGCCCCAAUUUACUUGAUUCAACUUCUUGUAAUGCUGAUAUUUCAUGUUCGCCAUGCCAAUAUUCAGAUUGGGUAGCAUGGAGUGAAUGCUCAGUUACAUGUGGAUCAGGAACCAGUGUUAGGACAAGAAAGUUAAUAACGGCAAACUAUUUCGCUGAAAGCUGUAUUGAAACAUUUCAAUUAAAAAAUUGUAAAGGAGUUUCUUGUGCUACUGAUUGUAUUUUAACAGAGUGGUCAGAUUGGAAUGACUGUAGUACUACUUGUGGUGUUGGAAAUCAAAUUUCCACAAGAUCUAUAGUUCAACCAGAGGAAAAUGGUGGAAGUUGCGACCAUGAAUUGAGUAGAAUUCAAGAAUGUAACAUUUCAGUCUGUAAAAAGUCAUGUGAUCCUUCUCCUUGUUUGAAUGGUGGCGUCUGCAGUGAACUUCCAAUGUCAAAUUUCGUAUGCAUAUGCCCGCCAUUUUAUGGUGGAGAAACUUGUGAUUCAUUUGAAUUUCCCUGGUGGUUUUAUUAUGUUUUGAUUGUUUUAAUAGUUCUGGUUAUUGGAAUAAUUUAUAAGACUCAAUUUUCCAAUAUAAUUACUCCAAAUACAAUGGAUCCUUCUUAUAUAGGAGGAGGUGAUUAUGCUUUCAGUGAGGGCCCCGCUCCUCCACCUCCAACAACACAACCUCAAUAUUAUCAAAACAUGAAUAACAACUAUUACUAUGGAUAUUAUGGAAAUGCUGAUGAAAGUUAUCUAGUAAACAACGAUGAAGGAAACUGGAUGUACUAA